ACAGUGGGCUCCUCACACGCGUUCCGAACUCGCCAGCUCUCCUUCCAGGACCGCCAUGAUCCUGGCCAGCCCUUAGCUCGAGCAUCACGCCCAGGACACGCCAGAGGACGCGGACAGGACAGCCCGACCGUCCGCACUGCGCAGCGGCCGCCAGGACACAGCCAUGGCGAGGUCCGACCCCGAGAGGCCCUCGGGGGUGUCUUCGCCGGCGCCGGGAGUCGAACCCGAGUCGGCGCACGCGGAGCAGGACCUGGUGGUGCGCGUGGCGGGGGCGUGGGGGCCGUGGCAGGCGUGUCCGGUGUCUCUUCCGGGCCGCUAUUUGAAACGAAUGCCUGGCAGUGUGGCAGUGGCGCUGUCACCGAUACUGCAGGCCGAACAGUGGCGUGGUCAGGCGUGGUUCCACGAGCCACUGACGCUGGACUUGUUGCAGGAGCACGCCGUGAAGGCCGAGACGGACUCGUGCCACGCGUACGACUGGGACGCCGCGGCCGCCGUGCCGUGCACCCACUGGCAGUACAACCGCACCGUGUUCGUGGAGACCAUCGUCAGCGAGUGGGACUUGGUCUGCAGCAGGCAGCAGCUGGCCAACGUGGCCCAGUUGGUGCUCAUGUUCGGCGUCCUCGUCGGCAACGUGCUGUUCGGGGCGGCGGCGGACAGGUGGGGCCGCCGCCUGCCGCUGAUGGCGGCCAUCGUGCUGCAGGCCGCCGCCGGCGUGGCCACCGCCUUCGUGCCCUGGUUGGCCGUCUUCAUGGUGCUGCGGUUCCUGGUGGCCGUGGCCACCGGCGGCACCAUGGUCGUCAGCUUCGUCAUCUGCAUGGAGAUCGUGGGCGGGCCGUGGCGCACCGUGGUGCCCAUCCUGUACCAGAUCCCCUUCUCGGUGGGGGUGUCCAUGAUGGCGGGCGUCGCCUACUACCUCCGACACUGGCGGGACUUCCAGCUCGCCCUGGGCGCCUUCUCCGUGCCCUUCAUCGCAUACUACUGGUUCAUCCCCGAGUCCCCGCGCUGGCUGCUGGCCGUGGGCCGCGAGGAGGAGGCGCACGCCAUCCUGGAGGCGGCCGCCAAGACCAACGGCCGCGACGUCGGCGAGGCCAAGGCGGCCCUGCUGGACCACCGCGCCGGCCUCGGCGGCCACGGCGGCCACGGCGACGGCCAGCCCCGCGCCGGCCUCGGCGGCCUGAUGCGCACGCCCCGGCUGCGCCGCAUGUCGCUGUGCCUCUUCUUCACGUGGUUCGUCGUCGGCCUCGGCUUCUUCGGCUUCUCGCAGUUCCAGGGCCAGAUCGGCGGCGACAUCUUCGUCAACGUCGCCCUGUCGGGACUCAUCUCCAUCCCGGGGCCCAUCAUCUGCGCCUACCUGGUCCGCGUCAUGGGCAGGAGGGCUUGCAUCUUGUUCUCGUUGAUCAUGUCGUCCGCGGCCUCGCUGCUCAUCAUCGCGGUAAUCCCGGCAGGCGUGUUCCCGGGCGAUUGGCCGCGGUCGCUGCUGGCGGGGCUGGCGGUGCUGGGCAUGUCCAUCACCUUCCCCGCCCUCUACCUCUUCUCCGGCGAGCUGCUGCCCACCGUGGUGCGCAACGUGGGCCUGGGCGCCUCCUCCAUGUGCGCCAGGGUGGGCUCCAUGGCCGCGCCCUUCGUCCUCGCCCUGAGCGCGUACGGCGACUACGUGCCCUUGGUGACGCUGGGCGGGCUGCCCCUGGUCGGCGCCAUGCUCAUGCUGCCCCUGCCGGAGACCCGCGACUGCGUGCUGCCGGACUCCCUGGAGGACGGCGAGAACUUCUGCAGGAGGCGCGCCAAGGAGGACAUGAAGAAUGCCAACUACAUCCAGGUGCCCCUGAAGGACCUGGCGCUGGCUGAGGGGACCUGAGCGCCCCAUGGACUGAAAGGGCGCCGUUCCGGGUUCCGGGUUCCGGGUUCCAGGUUCUGGGUUCCGGGUUCCGGGUUCCGGGUUCGGUCCGCGGACUGCAGGAGACAGUGGCGCUACGGGGGUGCAGCAGUAUUUAUUGAAGUUGUGACGUUCAUUAACCUUAGUUUUCUACUUUGCACUGUUGUACUUGAUAGUAUGUAAUCAUGCCGUUAGGAAUGUAACAAAGACUGCUCGAGUGUAUACGUGUUGUGUAAAAAAGCAUGAAUGAAUUCAGUGAGUGUGCGUGUGCUUAUGUUUGUGUUGUAUGCGUGUAUGUUUCUAGCACUAAGCUAAUUGUGUUUUUUUUUGUUUUUUUCACAAACUGACUCUUUUGAUGA